AUGAAUUCAGUCGAUGCCUCCGAGCAUUACGAGUUGAAAGCUACCGACCUCGCCCCAUCCCUCCUCACCAUAGUAAUCGACACGAAUCCGCACGCCUGGGCCGCGCUCGAGGACUCCCUUCCCCUCUCCAAAGCCAUCGCCAACAUCCUAGUCUUCAUCAACGCCCACCUAGCCUGCAACUACGCCAACGAGCCAAAAAGCAUCAUGGCUCUACCCAUCCCACAAACCCCCCCAGCCACCUCCAACGGUGACACUGACGGCGAUGUGACCAUGAACGGCGCACCCGACACCACACCCCAAACGAACAAAUACCGGCCCUUCCGCCUCGUCGAAGAACAAGUAACUCGCAACCUCAAAGACCUAAUCGAGUCGACGACCGGCGACGAGCUCCGCAAUAAUACAUCGACAAUGCUAGCCGGCGCGCUCACCCUCGCGCUGAGCCACAUCAAUCGGCGCACACUCGCCUGGGCGGAAGAGCACGGCGGCGCAAACAACGAAGACACAGUCGCCGAAGGUACGCACGGGGGUCCGUCUGCACCACCGGGCCGGUACUCCGCGUCAAAUGAGGACGAGCGGCUGCAGAGUCGCAUCUUGAUUGUUUCCGUGAGCGGAUCCAGCGACUCGGCGCACCAGUAUAUCCCCGUCAUGAAUAGUAUAUUCGCGUGUCAGCGCUUGCACAUCCCCAUCGACGUGUGUAAGCUCAGUGGUGAUGCGGUGUUCCUGCAGCAGGCGUCGGAUGCAACCAAGGGGGUGUAUAUGGCCCUUGCUGAGCCGCGUGGUUUGCUGCAGUACUUGAUGAUGGCUUUCCUACCGGAUCAGCGCUCGCGUCGGCAUUUGGUUGUUCCCACGCGGGUGGAUGUUGAUUUCCGGGCCGCUUGCUUUUGUCAUCGUCGGGUUGUGGAUGUGGGUUUCGUCUGCUCUAUUUGUCUUAGUAUCUUCUGUGAGCCGCCGCCUGGUAAUGACUGCAUGACUUGUGGCACGCAUUUAGAUCUCGGAGACAAUGCCAAGCCUGCUCUUCUCCCUAGGAAGAAGAAAAAGAAGAAGCGCGUCAAUGGAGCUUCCGGCACUGCGACCCCUAUGUCGACGCCGACGCCGGGUCCUUGA